GCUUGGAUUCCAUCGCCGCUGCCGACCAAAGCAACCCCUGUUGUUUCGCAGCCACCCCUGCCUGCAGCAAGCCUGGCUCGCCACCGACGCUGCAGCGUGAAGACUCGAAUCAGCCCGCCGAUCGACUUGAUCCUGCCUGAUCCCCGCAACAACAGCCAUGUCACUGGCCGCCUUCGGUCUGGGCGAGGAUGCAUCUCGUGUCAACGAAAGUUGUAUGGAUUUUUUGAUUAUGGAGAUGGUGCAGCAGAUGCACAAGGGCCCCGGUGGAGUCGAAGUCGAUAAGGAGGCGGCCUAUUUCAAGCUCGAGAAUCUGGGCUACCGAGUUGGAUUUGCCCUGGCCGAGCGAUUCACCAAAGACAAGCCCCGGUUUGUGGACAGUCUGGACGUUGUCAAGUUUAUCUGUCGGGACUUUUGGAUGGAGCUCUUCAAAAAGAACAUCGACAACCUCAAAACCAACCAUCGGGGCACUUUUGUGCUGACAGACAACUCGUUUCGAUGGUUCCAACGGAUGUCUGAUAGCGGUGGCGGUCUAGCAGCCACGAGUCUGAAGGCGUUUCCGUAUCUCGCCUUUCCGUGCGGACUGAUCCGCGGCGUGUUGGCCAACACUGGCCUGUCCAGUGUCGUUAUUGCAGAGGUGUCGAAUAUGCCGCAAUGCAUUUUCCAAAUCAAAAUCAAAACGUGAUCAUGGCUGCUUGAUCUGGCUCAAUACAACUCAUGAAACUGGA